UCAAGUCUCACUCACUCUCCUUCUCUCAGCCCCUCCCAAUCCCUCUGUAAAACCCUAGCCAUCUGCCAGCCCCCAUCUCUCUCUCUCUCUCUCUCUCUCUCUCUCUCAAAGCCAUGUCUCUAUUAUCUCGCCUCCGCCAUGCUACGUUCACCCACCACACUCGCCACCUCUCCACCGCCGCCUCAGUCUCCACCAAGGACAAGACCAGAGCUGCCCUAUCUCUCCUCAAGGCCGAGAAAGACCCCACCAAAAUCCUCGAAAUCUGCAAAACCGCGUCCCUAACCCCCGAGUCUCACCUUGACCGCGUCACCUUCUCCGUCGCCAUCAACAAGCUCAGAGACGAUAACCACUACGACUUGAUCCGCCAAUUCCUCGACGAUCUGUUCGUCUCCCGCCCCGACCUCAAAACGCAGCGUUUCGCUUCCCACGCCAUCGUCCUCUACGGCCAGGCCGAUAUGCUCGACGACGCUGUUCGCACUUUCCAACAGUGCGAUGAAAUGGGUAUCCCUCGGAACGUGAAAACGCUCAACGCUCUGUUGCUUGCUUGCAUUUUUGCCAAGAAUUACAAGGAGGUAAACAGGGUUUUUCUAGAGUUCCCAAAAGUUUAUGGGAUUGAGCCCAAUUUGGAUACUUACAAUUAUGUGAUCAAGGCGUUUUCGGAGUCUGGUUCGACGAGCUCGGCCUAUUCGGUGUUGGCCGAGAUGGAGAGGAAGAAUGUGAAGCCGGAUGCGAAUACUUUUGGGCAUUUGCUUACAGGGUUUUAUACUGAGAUGAAGUUUGAAGAUGUUGGGAAGGUGACGAAUUUGAUGGAGAAGCAUAGGUUUCAACCUGGGCUUAAUACAUAUAACAUUAGGAUCAAGAGUUUGUGCAAGUUGAGGAGGUCUGCGGAAGCCAAGGCAUUGUUAGAUGGAAUGUUGUCUAGGGGUAUGAAGGCAAAUGCAGUCACUUACUGCCAUUUGAUUCAUGGGUUUUGCAGGGAAAGCAAUUUGGAUGAAGCAAAGAAGCUGUUUAAGAAUAUGGUGAACAGGGGCUUCCAGCCUGAUUCUAACUGCUAUCAUACUCUUGUUCACUUUCUAUGCAAAGGUGGGGAGUUUGAGAGUGCUUUGCAGUUUGCUAAAGAGAGUAUUGAGAAGAAUUGGGUUCCGAAUUUCGCAACGAUGAAGUCCCUUGUGGAAGGGCUUGUGAGCAUUUCCAAGGUAUCAGAGGCUCGGGAGCUUGUUGGGCAAAUGAAGGAGAGAUUCACAGUAAAUCAAGAUCAGUGGAAUGAAAUUGAAGCAGGCUUGCCACAGUAACUACGCGAAAGAUGGUUUAUUGAUAUGCUUUCGUUAAUUAGAUUAGACCAGGAAGGUUGAAGUGAAAUGAGGGCAACAUUUGUAUGAAAUGGGCUUUUUCUUUCUUUCUCAGAACAUAAACCUCUGUUUGAAUGUUUUUGGUUUAGGAAAUUUUGUUGAUGCCCUAUUUACAUUUGCAUGUGGAUUCUGGAGAAAUAAAUUUAGAUUUCUGUGUAGUGCCGGUUGGCUUUUAUGUAGAUGCUUGAAUGUCUUGGAAGAUAGACAAAAAGAAAAAAAAGAAGUAUUUUUUCUACAAAGAAU